AUGACCAAAUCAUCUGAUUCUAUUUCCAAUCCUGAUAUAGAUUCUGAUUUGAUCGAUAAUCCAAAUUCGCCACCUCAUUUACCCAAUCCAUUGGAUAACGAUGAUCAGAAGACCGUUCAUCGGGUAUUCUCGAUUCAAGAUGUCGAUCGCGCUUCUAUCUUUAGCAAAGAUGAAGGUGUAGAUAGGCAGAGCGAAGAGUCCAAAAUCAAUGUCGGAGCAAAGGAUGUGAAAGGUUUGAUCAGUAGCUUGCUGGGGACCAGUUCGAAAUUCAGUACCACUAGGGAUAUCGUUCGAUCCGAUAAUUCCCAGAUCGUCCUCAAUGCCGUCAAAGACUCAUCCAUCAAGCUCCAUGAGAGGUCCUCCGAAGGGGUGAAGGGAAAUAUUGAAUUUGCCUCUAGAGCCGUUGGGACCGAUAAGAAGUUUGACGAAGCUAGUGAUGAUAAGCCGAAUGAUGAGUGA